CAGGAAGUGACAGUCCUUCCUCCAGCUCUACACGCGCUUGGACUCUCGUGCUUUACGUCAGACGGCUAGCGAGCUGAGCAGAUCACACACCCACGAACACACGCCUCCAACCGCAAACGACCACGCGAGACGCGCUCGGUCGGGAGGACCAACCUCCAGCAACUCGUUGCUGGCCUCCGUCUCGAGUCGACGGACGAGUCGGGCGCUUGUUCCCAGUGUCCGAGCCUGGAGUGAGCAGGGCGGGGGGGAGAAGAGGGAGAGGAAGAAGAGGGAGCAUUUGGACGUUGUGUGGAGGAUAAAGAGAAGAAGCGCGAGAAGAGUUUGUUUCCACGCUCGGUGCUGCUGCGAGGCUGAGAGGAGAUGUGCGGCGUAAUCUGGAUGUCCGAGGAGGGAUAAAACUUCAACAUCACCUACUCGGGGGACAAAUGUAAGAAAGGACAUAGAAAGAAUUUCAUACAUUCAUCAUUGGAUUGGAGCUUGCAUCCACCUGAGACCAUUACAAUGGAGUUGCUGUGGAAACUGGCAUUGCUGCUGUCGUUGCUCGACGGCCUAGCAGGUAACAGAUUUUUGCUUAGGCCUGUGUUCACCAAACAACCCGGCAGCGUGGUGUUUCCCCUUCAGCCCGGAGAGAAUCAGAGAGAGGUGGUGUUUAGCUGUGAGGCCCAGGGCCAUCCCCUGCCGUCCUACAGGUGGAGGCUAAAUGACACUUUCAUCAUUCCGACACCAAGGUCACGAUAUUCCCUCAUGGGAGGAAACUUGCAUAUUACCCAACUGAGUAAGGCAGACGAUGCUGGCAUAUUUCAAUGUCUGGCAUCAAACUCAUUUGGCACCAUUGUCAGCAGAGAGGCUAGUCUUCACAUUGCCUACUUGGAGAAUUUCAAGAGUCAAAGAAGAAAUCCAGUGAGGGUCCGUGAAGGUCAAGGCGUGGUCUUACUGUGUGGCACACCCCUCCACUCUGGAGAGCUUACCUUCACAUGGAUCUUCAACGAGUACCCGUCGUUCGUCAUCCAGGACACGCGGCGAUUCGUGUCCCAGAAGACAGGCAACCUCUACAUUGCCAAAGUUGAGCCCUCCGACGUGGGCAACUACACUUGUGUAGUCACCAACACAGUCACCAAAAGCAGUGUUCAGGGACCACCCACACCCCUUGUCCUUCGAGUAGACGGUGUAAUGGGUGAAUAUGAGCCAAAGAUUGAGGUACAGUUCCCUGAAGUUGUUCCUGUCGCCAAGAGCUCAACUGUCACGCUGGAAUGUUUUUCACUUGGAAACCCAGUGCCAACCAUCAGCUGGAGGAGAGUCGAUGGAGCCUCUUCUGGAAGAAAAGUGGACAUCAAUAAAGCCAACGGAGUGUUAGAAAUCCCUUACUUUCAGCAGGAGGAUGCAGGGCUGUAUGAAUGUUCGGCUGAAAACAGCAGAGGAAGAAACUCUGUAAAAGGAAAGCUGUCCUUCUAUGCUGCACCUCAUUUGACUGAGAAGCCCCCAGAUGCUCAGAAGACUAUUGAUGACACUCUGGUGUGGGAGUGCAAAGCCAGUGCCAAGCCUAAACCCUCCUACCGUUGGCUGAAGAAUGGAGAGCCCCUGGACCUGAAGGAGGACCGAAUUCAGGUGAAUAACGGAGUGUUGACCAUCAGAAACUUAAAUCUGGCUGACAUUGGAACCUACCAGUGUGUGGCUGAGAACAAGCAUGGGAGAGUCUUCACCAAUGCUGAGCUUCGAGUCAUAGCCAUCGCCCCAGACUUCGCACAGAAUUUGUUGAAGGCCCAAACUCUGGCCCGACAGAGCGGUGAUGUCCUGAUUGAAUGCAAGCCCAGGAUGUCUCCCUGGGGUGUGAUUUCAUGGAAGAAAGGAAAAGAAGCCUUAAGAGAGAGCCACAGAGUUACUGUCUUGGAUAAUGGGAACCUUCGUAUUUCCAAUGUGUCGAAAAUUGAUGCUGGUCUGUACACAUGCGUAGCCAGAAACCAGUUUGGCGUCGCCAGCAGCGCCGGCAGCCUUUUGGUUAAAGAGCCAACAGUGAUCACAAGCCCAGCUGGUCAUCUGGACGUGACGGUGGGGGAAAGCAUUGUGCUGCCAUGCCAGGUGUAUCAUGACCCCUCACUGGAUCUCAAGUUCACAUGGUUCUUCAACGAGCAGCUCAUCCACUUUGGCAGUGCUGGGGCUUAUUUUGAAAGAGUCGGGGGUCGCUCUGCCGGGGACAUAAUGAUCCGGAAUAUUCAGCUGAGGCAUGCUGGGAAAUAUACAUGUGCAGUUCAGACCAAGGUGGACAGUGUGUCUAUUGCCACUGAUGUAGUGGUUAGAGGUCCUCCAGGCCCCCCUGUGGACUGUCAAGUGAGUGAGAUGACAGAGACCACAGCACUUUUGACCUGGGGACCUGGAAUGGACAACCACAGCCCCAUUCUAAGAUAUACCAUCCAGGCCAGGUCGCCCUUCUCUCUUGGGUGGCAAGCAAUUACCACUGUUCCUGAGCUGCUCGACGGAAAGCAGCUGUCGGCCACUGUAAUUGACUUGAAUCCCUGGGUGGAGUACGAGUUCAGAGUACUGGCAACCAACAGCAUUGGAACAGGAGAGCCCAGCAAAGCCUCUAGAAAGGCCCGCACCAAGGACACAAUUCCCAGGGUGACUCCGGCUAGAGUGAAUGGCGGUGGUGGUGGACGUUCAGAACUGGUCAUCACUUGGGAGCCUGUUCCAGAGGAGCUCCAGAGCGGCCCCGGUUUUGGCUAUGUGGUAGCCUUCCGCCCACUCGGCGCGCAGGGUUGGAUGCAGGCUGCUGUCACAUCCCCUGACGCCUCCAGAUAUGUCUUCAAGAAUGAGAGCAUCCCCCCUUAUUCAUCUUACUAUAUCAAAGUUGGGGUUUACAACAACAAUGGAGAAGGGCCUUUUAGUCCAGUGGUUACCAUCUACUCAGCAGAGGAAGAGCCCAGCAGAGCACCAGGGAGGCUGAGGGCGAAGAGCGUCUCAGCAUCUACGGUGGAGGUCAGCUGGAAGCCUCUGGCCUGGACCAAUAAUCGCAGACGCAUCUUGGGCUAUGAGUUGCAGUACUGGGGUGUAAAGGAGAAGCAGGAGGCAGCCAGUGUGAUUAGGACGGUGGGAAAUAAGACUUCAGUGCACAUCAGGGAUCUGGAGGGCAGUAGUACCUAUUUGAUAUCCCUCCGAGGUUAUAACAGUGCUGGAGUGGGUCCACAGAGCAACAUUGUCAAUGUCACCACCAAGAAACCUCCACCCAGUCAGGCCCCCAACAAAAUCAUGUGGAACACUUCCAACUCCAAGGUCAUCCUGCGCUGGGACCAAGUACACGCUCUGGACAAUGAGUCUGAAGUUACGGGUUACAAGGUGAUGUACAGCCAGGACAAACACAGCCGCCCCAGUGUGGUGGAGACAAACACCACAUCCUUAGAGUUGUCACUGCCGGUCAACGAGGACUACGUCAUCCAGAUUAAACCUUUCAGCGAAGGCGGGGAGGGCAUCAGCAGUCAGCAGAUUACAAUCCCCAAAAUAGCAGGCUCCAUCGCCACGGGGGCCUCAGUGUCUUCAUCACUUCCUGUGGCCAACCUUGCCGUGCUCAUCCUCACAGCCAGGACCGUGCUAUGACCGACGUUUGCAGGAAGUCAGCGCUGCAGUCUAACAUCAAGAGAAUGAGCAGGGCAAAGGCGAGAGGCCAGGGAGCCUUGUCUUCAUUUUCACCUGCUUCCCACCUGGCUGUGCCGUUUGUUCUCUUCUAGCUGCGAAGAUUGCCUUGUGAAGAAAGCACUUCAUCCCUUGUUAAGAAGUUAUUUAAAGGAACUGGUCCUUUAAGAAGUGGCGCUUAUGUGACAGGAAUUGACCUGCAGUCUUCCUGGAUUUUUUUUGUUUUGUUGUUGUUGUUUCCUCACUUCUAAUAUAUGGAUAGUGUCAUGGAUCGGAGGUUGUGUACUUGUGGACUUUUCCCAAAUUUUCUUUCUGGCGUAUGGGGACAAGAAGCGCUUUUAUAAGAAAUACAGAAACAAGUGACGUUCUAGUUAAGCGCUGUUGAAGACAAAAUUCCUCUUGCUCCAUGUAGACUGUGUUUUGGAACACACACACAAAAAAAAAAAGAAUAGUUGCUGAUUCCGGGCGAAACAAGUGAGCCUAUUGCUUUGCUUUGCCAUUAACUCCAAUUUGGGACCUCUGUGACUUUACCUGGAUCUUAUUGAUGCUUUUAUGUUUUCAGUCUGCAUCCCAUCAGCCAUAAAACAGACUGUAACCAAAGUUGUGAUUCAUAGACAUGACAAGGCCAAACCUGCUGAUGUUGUGAGCGCUAGUGAAUCAAUGUCUUACCUUCCUCAUCCAUGUUUCCUCCUCACCAAGUGCAUAAUGGUGGCACGCUGAGAGUUGUACACUCGAUGUAUGGAAUCCUCAGGUCCCAAUUGAGCCUUAAGUCUUCUAAUUAGGAUCUGUGCUGUUGUGAUUAGUCAACAUUUCCGUUCAUUUAUACUCCCUCGUUUUUUCACGUCGUAUGUAUGUUCUGCGUACUUUGGGGCAAUGUGGGCUCAAACAAUACAGCUUUCUCCUGUCUUUCAUCGUGAGAAACAGAUCUUUCUGAUUUACUUCGAGAGGAUGGAUUAUUUGUCAUUUGCUGUUAUCGGAUUGGGAUUGGCAAAUUUGCCAGAUGUUUGGAUGGUUCAACAAGCUUUUAAUAAACAUGAUGCCGUUUUCCUCCUUAGUUGCUGCUUCUUAACUAAUGAGAAUGGUCUCAAAAUGUAAGCGAUGCUGUCCUGUUCUUUAUAUAGCCAGAACUGUCUUGAAGCUGCAUUCAAGACCUUCAACUCUUUUCUCUGCACAGGACCUUAAAUGGAAAUAAAUCUCUUCUUGAACUAGACUAAUUGGAGAGUCCUGCAUGAAUGUGCAAUAUUUUCUGGACGUUUGCUUAAAACAUAAUUAAUAGAAAUGAACAUUUUCCAAAUAUCCCCAAAAUGUGUAUUUUAAUGAUACUCUGUAUUUCUUUUCAUACAACAUCCAACAGGCCAUGUGAUCAAUCUCUAGUACUGAUUCAUGUAAUCUGUAGACCUGUUUUAUAAUGUAUUUUUUUUAAAUAUUUAUUUUUAUUUCUUUGGUACGCCACUUUUUCUCAAAGGGAAAGUAUUUUUUCAGUUUUCUGUGUAUAUUUUGACACCUGUCCUAUUUUAUUUGAUUUUUUAUAUUUAAUAUAUUUAUUUAAUUAUUAUCCUAUUUCGUAUUAUAACAACUUUAAAUUGCAAUUUAAUCGCAAGAAAGUGGUGUGUUUUGUGCCAUUUCUGAAUGUAAUUGGACGUGGUAUUUACAUAUGCAGUAUUGUUUUGAGUCAGUGAUCAUAUUUUAAUAUAUAGCCUUGGGCAAUGCAUUUACAUGAUCAGGAAUGUAAUUUUGAAUCGCAUUUCACACCCUCAAAGAAUACUAUAGCAAACCUAUGGCGCGUGUUUCGUAUUCCGGCCACGAGAACCUUUGAUUCACCCAACCAUGCAAUUCUAAAAAUAGAAAAAAAGUUGCCCACCAUUGCUGUACAGCAGGAGUGUCUAAUGUAGUGGUUAUAAUUGUCUUCAGGCAGCCAGUUAUAACUGUGAAAACACAUUAAUGGAUAAUCAAUCAGAGUGUAACUGUACACCAAAAAUGAUGAUUCGGUUCGGUUCACAUUGGGCAAAGUUAGGGGAAAGAAGAAAAAAAUGCUAAUGUUUUGUUUGAGCAGGAACAUAUUUAAUGACAUUUAAAAUGAAUGAUAAACACCUUAAGUGUUUUCUUUUCGAUGAAAGAUACAGACAAGUAAAUUAUUAUGCUCUAAAAAUGUUUUAUUGCUUUGGCUCCAUCUGAAGACACUGGGAGAGAUUUAAAUGUUAUUGGGAGUUGGCUUUGUAUGUGAGUUAUUUUUUUAAACAUGGCUAGCCAUGAUGUUUGCUAGCCAGAAACGGAGCUGCACUGUUUGUUUACAGAAUGGGCGUGUGACUGGAGUGUGCGGCCCCCCUCUGUCACUUAAGUAUGUUGUGUGGGAAUGGUAAUUAUCACCCCAACAUAUUUGAUCAAUUUAUCAUACUUUUAUGGCAAGUUUCGAAGAAGAAUUGUGGAAAGCCUUCACAGGCCAGCUAAAAUGAUGCAGGGGGCCAUAUCUGCAAACUCAACUCCACAACAAUCAGAAAUUUGGCAGAUAGUCAACAAUUCUUCAAAAAUGACGCUUCAAGCUUUUCACUGCCAGUCCCAGUUGAAGUGGAUUUUCAAACGAAACAUAAAACAGACAUUUACGCAUUGCAUUCAAAACAACCAAACAACUUUGCUUAAGGAACAACCCGCUAGCUUAAUGCUAACGUAUAAUGUAAAACGCUGUAGACGGCCUAACAAUUAGCAUCGAUAGUCUUGGCCUGUUAACCCGUUAAGCAACGGAUGUUUGAACUCAAAUGGUGGAGCAAUACAUGUAGACAGACAGUGUAACAAUGCUCAUGGCCAUAAAAUAUUUUUACACUGCAAAAAAUGCCCAAUAUUAUUGUACAUUACUGAGUCACUGAGUAGUGGUGACGCUUUUUAGUUUGUGUCUGUAGGACUGCAUUAUACUGCCCCCGGUGGCCAAUGCAGGCACACUGGAAGGUGCGUCAUAAUGAAUGACCAGCGUGGAACACGGAAUAGCUGACUUCCUUUGUAUACCAUGCUAACGAGCAUAACGUGGAUUGAUACUAUGAUCGUUUGAAGCCAAACUUGUUAAAAUGUAUUUCUUUAUGGCUGGUGUUGUCAAACAAAAGUUAAAUACAUACAUAUCAUUUAUCUAUACAAAUAUGAGCCGUAAACUUGAAUGAAGUCUAAACUUGGUCUAUUGUCAUCUUUGGUGGCUCUGUGGUGACAUCUUUAGUUGACGUCGAUGUUUAAAGUUCCAACAGGUGGUUUGAAACCGUCUCCUUCCCCAUUCACCCGAGGGAGGAGGAAGUGCUUUUACCUGGUUUGCCGAAUGCGGAAGUAGGUUGUGCAUUUAUACAUGAUCGAAUUAUUAAAUCCUGAUGUACAAACUGAUGAAUUCUUUACAUUCUAUUUAAUUAUGUUAUGACUUUGUUUUCAUAAAGUGUA